AUGGAGGGGUUCCUGUCCACACCCCCCCACUUCAGCAUAUAUGGCAGCCCGCUGUGCGCUCCCCCAGCUCAGGGCGGCGGCUGGGGGAAGAGAGGGGGGCGUUUCCUCAUCCCUCAGAGCUUCAACUACCUGGAGAUCUGCAAGACCAUCCUGUCCCAAGUCAACCCCGGUUCCCCCCCCAGCAGGAAGGUUGCCACUAGAGAGUGCGGCGUGCAGGUGAACGCUAAGGUGGAUCAGAUGGUCCAAUGCUCUCUGGGUCCAAAGACGCUGCUCUGCAGCCAGCCUGCCUCCUGCUGCAGGAACCCGGAGAGCCUCGAUGAGAGCCAAGCGGAGGGAAAGGCGCUGCUGGGCACGCCGCCUGUCAGCAGCCUGCGCUUCCUCAGACCUGUGUCCAUCUACUCCCCGGUGUUUGACCGCAGGUUCCGCCUCAAGAGUCUCAGUGACUGUGCUGUUGGACCGGAACCGUCCGAAGCCUCCGAGCAAACCAAGUCUGACAAUGAGGCGGAUCAGAGUGGCGACAGCUUGGAAAAUGGCUUCAAGCCUACGAUUCACCGAUCAACCAGGAGCUCAGACUUCCAGUUCCUGGAACAGAGAUACGGCUUCUUCCACUGCAAGAAGUGCAACAUCCGGUGGGAGAGUGCUUAUGUUUGGUGCAUCUCUGGCACCAGUAAGGUGUACUACAAGCAGCUCUGCCGGAAGUGCCAGGUGGGGUUUAAUCCAUACAGAGUGGAGUCGAUUGUCUGCAAGGGUUGCUCUCAGACUUGCUGCAGCUGUGAGAAGAAGCAGAGACACAUCAACAUGAAGCGGCCUCACCGCCAGGACCUGUGCUGCCGUUGUAAAGGGAUGAGGUUGUCCUGUGACGCCACCUACAGCUUCAAAUACAUAGUCUGAGCGGAUGAGACGUCUCUGUAUAUCAUGGUGUUUGAGCCAAAGACCAUGUCACAGGAAGCGGCCUCUUAUUCUCCCAGAAGCGGCAUGCUGAAUCUGUUCCCCCAUUUAGUUUAGAUGACCUCUGAAGUUACUGGGGGACCCCCACUUUGUGUACUCUGGA